AUCUCCAGCGACCCCGUGCUCUUAUUCCUACUGUUCUGCGAGAGAGCAAUCUCGACAGUAUGGCUGCCCCAAAUUAGCAUUGCUUUGGUUAUGCGCAACCGUCCCCACCCUCGUCCUCCCGCAUACUCCCAGACUCCAGUUCCCCUCGGUCCGACUGCCAUCUAUCUGUAAUGAUGGAUUCUGGUCCUACCUCUCCGAAACCUCAGUCCUUUAAACAGGCCUGCGACAAUUGCCGGAGGAGAAAAAUCAAAUGCUCGCGAGAGCUUCCGUGCGACAAGUGCCAGCGCCUGCUCCUUUCCUGUUCCUACAGCGAUGUCCUCCGUCGCAAAGGCCCCAAGUUUCGCACACUCUACCCUCUAGCUCCCAUCCAUCCAUUGGUGGCAAGGCAGCGACAGCUUCUUCAGUGUGACCCUCAGCAGUCCCCAACAGAGAGGGAAUGGUAUGCGGAUCCUACAAGCUACCCGAUGGGUGGCUCUCCUACACCUCCGCCGUUCACCAUGGAAGAACCCCAAUAUCUCGCCCCUGACCUCCCGGAUUCAUUCGCCCGACUACCUCCUCCAGAGCUCGUUUCCUCACCAGACUCCUUUAAUUCGCUAUCGGAUUCACCUCCUGCAGUGCUGUAUCCUUCCCCGCGAGUUUUGAGCCCACCUGUGCUUUUGGCCCACAUUAACGUCUACUUGAAAUAUAUGUUCCCUAUAAUGCCGGUAGUGCAGAAAGAGGAGCUUCAGCAAGACUGCCACCAUCCGGAGCGCCUCUCCCCACAGCGGUAUGCGUUCUUGGCUUCUCUUUGCGCCGCUACGCACAUUCAGUUAAAACUGGAUGGUGUCUCGGAGACCUCCCACCUACAGACUGGUGGUGAUGGAAACUCAGUAAUGUCUGGCGAUGAACUGCUUGCUGAGGCUGUCCGUGCAAGAAAAGACUGCGAUCCAAUUGAAGACAUGAACACCGAAAGUCUUUUAACCUCAUUCUUUUUAUUUGCUUCAUAUGGCAACCUGGAUCGCCAGGAUCACGCAUGGUUCUACCUCUGCCAGGCGACGUCAAUGAUCUUUUCAUUAGGGCUCCAUCGCGAAUCCACGUAUUCUGAAUUGAAUAUCGAGGAGGCGGAGCAAAAACGUAGGGUAUUUUGGCUCCUGUUCAUCACGGAAAGAGGUUACGCAUUACAGCAGGCAAGACCGGUGAUGCUUCGAACCUCCAUCCAUAAACCGCAGGUUCUUUGCUCGGACGACCCUAUUAUGGCGUACGGCUUCAUUAACCUCAUUGGGGUUUUUGAAAACCUCAGCGUCAACCUUUACGACUGGGUUUCAGCUGGUGGGGGAGAUGGAACAUCGGAAAUGCCGCCUACUUCCAUGAUCCAAGCAAGCCUGAGCAAACCAAUUUCGCUCGACGGGGUCUCAGAAAUCCAGAAAGUCGAUAUCCUCAUUACCCAGCAAUGGCUGCAAGCUAUGAUGUGGAAGCUAUCAAUGACUCGGGCUUCCCAACCGGGCUCACGGACUGAAAACGUCCUGCCUUUUCAUCUUCCUGUGGUGGUAGGGAAGGCUGUGUUAUCUGUUAUCGCGGAGGCCUCACAAGGUGCUGUUGACGCACACGGUAUAGGAAUGGAGCAAAAGCUGUUCGACCUCGGCAUAUCAGUCGCAGAUGUAUCACGCUCACUCUCAGCCAAAGCUGCAAACAGCCUUGCAGAGUCUACCGUCGACCCCCGUGAACUAUUAUGGGGCAUCCUCUCCACGCUCUCCCGAAUUCGUGGAUCUCAAUCAUACCUCUUCCCAGCACUGCUCGAACGAUGUAAAGGCAUGAUGGGCUUCGAUUUCCCGCUUACUAUAAGCGAUUUUCUCCCUCCUCUUCCCGCCACCUCCUCAUCCGCACCUAUGCCACCAUGGCAAGCAACCAACAAUAACAAUAGCCAAACCGCCAGCAGUUCCUGGGAGAUGCGAUCUCCUCCUGAUAGCACUCAUGAUCAGAACAAUGAUCCAGCCUCAGGGAUACUUACGCCGUCGGAACUUCCGUUUCAAUCUGGGCGGCUGCUGACCUGAUGUGCUAUAUGAGUCGACCCUCGCGACUCUUUACUAUACAGCUGCAUUUUCUCCAGCCUUGUAUAUUCAUGAUCAUUUCUUUAUAUAUAUGACGAGAAACUGGACUCUCAGAUUAUUAUGCACCGAUUGUAUGCAUCUCUAUAUAUAUUUCACCCCUUUCGACUAUUUUCUACCUACUUACGCCCUGCACUUCUCUCUUCGUGUAUCUAUUAUUUCCCCCUUUUCUCUCUUCCGCCAUACCUACACAUCAAUCCCUAGUCCGGUGAUGAACAAGGAACGAUCAACGACCUGACAAAACACGGACAUACAAUACCAUAUAGAGAAUCCAACGAAUGACUUAACUUUAACCCACCUAGCAGUAUUGGCACCCAAACCACUUCCUUAACCAAGGUAGAAUCUGAUUAAAGGACCCAGUCCAUUCCUUAGCUUCC